UAUCUGAGAGCGCCAAUUUUUGUUUAUAAAAGUUUGUCGCUAAGCAGGAAUACUUUUCGACAUGGUGAUGUACGUAGUUCAUACACACGAUGUACGGCAAAAGUACAAGACUCACAUUUGAAGUAGAGCGACUCUUUUCCAAUUCUUUGUCAUAAUUUUGACUUUUAUACCUCCCUUGAUUAUUGCCUAUGUCACGCACGGUUUCUGGCUCAAGGAAAGUUCUUUCAGAGAGCAGCCUGAUGUUCGGUUCAAACACGACCUCCUUCUUGUCCUUCAAGGAAAUACCCCAAAUUCAUUUAUGGCCUACAGUACGUUUCAAAACUUUAACCAUCUUCUACAGGAAAAGCUCAGAAUUCCACUUAUAAAGUCAUGGGAAACAGAUGAUAACCUGGAUGGAAAGUAUGACAGCCUUCACUUCAAUAUUGAGAUACCCCUGUCAGACUCUGAGGCAAUACAUUCUGUACAGAUGCUGCUGAUAUUCGAUUACAAACUUCAUAAAUAUGUCAGACUUCAGAUGGAGAGCAUGGCCUACAUCUAUCACUCAUCUCCUCUAGCUGGUGCAGAGUUUUCAACAAUUGGAAAACUGAUCCUUCAGCAGUCAGGGCCCUUGCCUUACAAGGGACAACAUGUCUUAUAUAAUGUACCAGUUAUUGAUGGUUCAAGUUCUAAUGUUGAUGCUUAUAAUUUGUAUGACAUAUUCUCUGCAUACAUCCAACGUAAUGUUACUACAGAAUAUGUUUCAUUCCAUCCUGUGUGGACAACUGGCAGAGCAGCAGGGCAGCCAUUUGUUAUAAAAGGAACUGUUUAUUACCCAGAGGAGACAAUCAUAUACCGACCAGGAUUUUGGCAGCUCAUCAAGAUGGCUUGGAUCCAGUACCUGGCAAUUCUGUUCAUCUUCCUCUUUUUGUUUGAUAGAGUCAAAAGAUUCGUGUUCGAAAACCAAGUGGUGACCACAGUUGCAAUGAAGUUAGAAAAAGAACACUUAGACUGAUAAUCCAGCCAUAAAGGAGGGCCAGAUGUUAAAGAUGAUGAAAGAGCCUCGGUCAGUGGAAUGCCGUUGGUGCUAAAGGAGAAGACACGGGACGAGGAAUGAAGGUAGGAAUCUUCAAGGGACAGGUUGUCAAGGUGCAAGACAUCAAGGAACAAGUCAUAUAUGGGUAAAACCCUCUGAGACAAGAGAUCAGGAAACAAGUCAUUAGGUGACAUAUGGUUGAAAGCUCUCAUUGGUAAGGGAGAACAGAUAGUUUUGAUGAGAGCUUUGAGUUUUGGGAGAAGUUAAGUCAGUGUUGAAAGACAGCUAAAGGAAAAUCUAAAGAGCGUCUUUGUUUGAAUGGGCCAGCAAACUUGCAUUUCCAACUCGUACCGUAAGAUGACUCGUACCGACAUCAAAGCGUCUCAAUAAAAUUCAUAGAAUUGAGUUUACAUAUAGCUUGCGACCAGGUCCUCUUGAUAAGCGCUGCAGGACGAGACUUUCUCCGCCCACGGGAAGAUUGGAGACGAGUCGUGGCGUGGUUUGUUGGGGGUUUACCAGUGUCAGAGCCAACAUGUUCGCUACGUUGAACACUGAGUUCGCUGCAUCAGUAUAUACCCAGCUUGCUUUCCAUACUAGCUAACGUACGUGUAAGAAUUGAUAAAAUAUGAAAGAUAUUUCAUUAAGCUAAAAUCUUGCAUCAUAAUAAUGUUUAGAGUUUUUCAAAGAUAACGGUGUAGCGUUUUUAAUCAACAUUCUCCUCAGCGAGUUUUGUUCUCUUAAAUAUUUUUUAGUUUCACGUUGUUUUGAAGCCACGAGUUACAUGCAACGCAGCUCAUUGAUAACUUAUGCUAUCUUAACAUAUUCGGUCAUAUUUCUGUUCUUAGCAAUACUUUUUUUAAGAGCUGUAAACAAGUAUUAAAUUAUUGAAACUGUCAA